GAUGAGUUGACGGCUUGUGUAGGCAAAGGCAUGUGUGGAUAGGGGGAAAGAUAGCAGGGUGGAACGUGGGAAUAAUUGAUUGAGCAGAUUCACAAAUUUUUGCAGGGAUAUGAUAUCAUAAAUUUCCAUUACAAUAACACAAUUUCCUACACUACUGUACUCUCUCUGAUCUUAGCUGCACAGAGAUCACAUGCGGGGUGGCCGGUGGCACCAUUAAACAAUUCUCCGCUACCUAUAUAUACACGCGCCACCACCUUCUAAACACCAAUCAAACACUUUCAUACAAAUUUCAAUAAUAUAACCCUACUAGCUUCUCCUCAUCGAAUCCGCCAUUGAUCAUCUUCUGAUCUUCUUUCUUGAUCAUUUAAUUUCACUGCAAGUUCAAGGAUGGGCGUUGUCAAUGGUGCAGUAGUCAUGUUUGGGGUUUUCAGCCUCUUCUUCGUCGUCAAUGUUAAAGCUUUCACGGCUUCUGGGUGGCAAAGUGCCCACGCCACCUUCUAUGGUGGCAGUGAUGCUUCCGGCACCAUGGGGGGAGCAUGUGGAUAUGGGAAUUUAUAUGCUACUGGCUAUGGGACCAGGACAGCAGCAUUGAGCACAGCACUGUUCAACAAUGGAGCCUCGUGUGGGCAGUGUUACAAGAUCAUUUGUGACUACCAAGCCGACCGUCAAUGGUGCAUAAAAGGAGCUUCGAUCACCAUCACCGCCACCAAUUUUUGCCCGCCUAACUACGCUCUUCCUAGCAACAACGGCGGUUGGUGCAACCCUCCUCGCCCCCACUUUGACAUGGCUCAGCCCGCUUGGGAAAAGAUCGGAAUUUAUAGAGGUGGAAUUGUUCCCGUUCUUUAUCAAAGGGUGCCAUGUAAGAAGCAUGGUGGGGUUAGGUUUACGAUCAACGGCCGGGAUUUCUUUGAGCUGGUGAUGCUCAACAACGUUGGAGGGCCAGGAUCUAUCCAAUCUGUGCAAAUCAAGGGCUCAAAAACCAACUGGAUUGCAAUGUCAAGAAACUGGGGAGCGAACUGGCAGUCAAACGCCUACCUCACCGGUCAAUCCUUGUCGUUCAAGGUCACAGCCACCGACGGUGUAACCAAGAUUUUCUCCGACGUUAUUCCGGCCGGGUGGAGAUUUGGGCAGACGUACUCAAGCCCAAUUCAAUUUGAAUAAGCCCAACCCAAAUAUUGGGCUUAGAUUUCUUGGCCCAACGGGCCGUGGCGUGCUUGGUAAUUUUCGAAAGCAGCCCGCCAUACUUUUGGGUAUGACCCAAAAUACACGGGCCUAGAUCUCUCUAGUCCAAAAUUGGGGCCACUAAAAUGAUUAUAUGAUACUUUUGAUUACAAUUUGUGCCCUCAACUUUUCUUUUAUUUCCUUCUGUGUCCGCUUGUAAUACCUACAGCUCCAUGUUAUAUUCAUAUACCAAUUUUAUUGAGUUUUACCAAAUAAAUUUUAUGUGAUUUAAUUUUGAG